AUGGCUGCGGGGACGCUGAUGGUGUGGUUCGCUUUGAGUGGUGGCGGUGUGUACUGCUGUUGUGUUGCCUUUUUUCCGCUGUUUUUUGUUGCUUUCCUUCAAGAAGGAAGUUACUACCAAACGCUAAACGCUAUUGUGAAAUUCGAAGGUACUGAAAGGACCAACAACAGCACACACACCGCCCACACACAUAUUUAUAUGCUCUCACGUGUUGCUGCUGUGAAGGCACCCCGCACACACAACCGUCGCCGCGUGACCGGAUCCAGCGGAAGGAGGGAAGGAGGAGAGAGUGAGCCGCAGAGGCCCAACAUGUCCCGGCGUCACUUCUAUUCUGCGGUGCUGCUUCUACUCCUCGUCGUGAUGGUUUGCGGCGGCAGUGGAGCUGCGCACGCUGUGGAGAGAAACUCAGGGGAUUUGCAACUGCCGCAGGAGAUCGCCAUGCUUGUGCCGAAUAAGACGCAGGUGGUACCAAAAAGUGGUGGUGAAGGCAAAGUGAAGGAUAUCUUUGCUUCACCCGCUCUCGUCCGUGCUGGUGGAGUGAUGAUUGCAUUUGUCGAAGGCCGCACCAAAAAUAAACUUUUUCCAGAAGUGAUUGAUCUCAGUUCUUCUGAUAUUGUUGCCGGUUACAUCAAGGCUCCAGAGACAUGGCAGUCUCUUGUUGCUGAGGUAACCAAAGAUGACUGGCAGGCACACACUGUCCUUGAGAGUGCGAAUAAUAGUAAUCAUCGUGUGGGUGUUGCGAGGCUACCCACCGGAAUUACAAGGGGCAAUAAAGUGUUUCUGCUAGUGGGGAGCUAUGAAGAGAGGCGUGAAAUUGAUGAUUAUAUUUGGAAGGCCGAGGCAUGGAACAUUAAAGUGAUUGAGGGUGAGGCCACGCAGUCCACGGAAGUUCAGCCGACUCAACCGAUCAACUGGAGUGAACCCAAACCGCUGUUCCAAACUGACUCUCCUAAUAAUAAAGGUGACCUAAAGGAAUUUUUGGGUGGUGGUGGCUCAGGAAUUGUGAUGGGGAAUGGCACACUUGUGUUUCCCCUGACGGCAAAGGAUGAAAGUAAUAAAGUUUUCUCCCUAAUCACUUAUUCGACGGACGACGGCCAAAAGUGGGAGAUACCAGGGGGCGUUUCUUCUGUGGCAUGCCGUUCCCCCCGCGUCACCGAAUGGGAGGAGGGAACACUUCUCAUGGUUACUUAUUGCGAGGAUGGCCGCAAGGUGUUUGAGUCGCGUGACAUGGGGAAAACGUGGACGGAGGCUUUUGGGACACUCCCAGGCGUGUGGCUCAAAUCAGGUCCAGAACUUCCGGAAGUAAGUUUGCGUGUUGAUGCUCUCAUCACCGCGACCAUUGAGGGAAGGAAGGUCAUGCUGUACACUCAGAAAGUGAGGCAUUUUCUGGAAGUGGAUGAACCCAACGCACUCCACCUUUGGGUCACGGACAACAACCGCACUUUUCAUCUUGGACCGUUUUCUGUGGACUGUGCUGAGAAUAAGACGUUUGCCAACACCUUGCUGUACUCGGAUGAUGCGUUGCACCUUUUACAAGCGAAGGGCGAUCAUGAAAGCACAGCCGUUUCACUUGCCCGCCUAACGGAGGAGCUGAAUACGAUCAAUUCUGUCCUUAGUACUUGGGUACAGUUGGACGCUUCCUUCUCCGAGUCGUCUAUACCCACGGCUGGUCUGGUUGGAUUCCUGUCCAAUACGACGUCCAGUGGAGACACGUGGAUCGACGGGUACCGUUGCAUGAAUGCAACGGUGACGAAGGCAGCGAAGGUUGAAAAUGGUUUCAAGUUCACGGGGCCUGGGUCCAGGGCAACAUGGCCCGUAAACAGUCGGUGGGAUAUUAAACAGUACGGCUUUGUGGAUUACAACUUCACUAUUGUGGCGAUGGCGACUAUACACCAGGUUCCGAGUGAGAGCACUCCUCUGCUGGGUGCGAGUCUGAGGGGCAAUAAGAGGACGAAGUUAAUUGGUUUGUCGUACGGUGCGGGCGGUAAGUGGGAGACAGUGUAUGACGGGACAAAAACAGUACAGGGUGGCACUUGGGAGCCGGGGAGAGAAUACCAGGUGGCGCUCAUGCUGCAGGACGGCAACAAGGGCUUCGUGUACGUGGAUGGUGUGCUUGUGGGGAACCCGGCGAUGUUACCAACACCUGAGGAGCGGUGGACUGAAUUCUCACAUUUCUACUUUGGGGGCGACGAGGGAGACAGCGGCAGCGAUGCGACGUUGACGGACGUCUUUCUGUACAACCGCCCACUGAGUGUCGGUGAACUAAAAAUGAUCAAGGAAGUUGAAGAUAAAAAAGAAAAGGGAAGCGGUGACAGUGAAGAUAAAAAAGAAAGCGGUGACAGUGAAGACAAAAAAGAAAGCGGUGACAGUGAAGACAAAAAAGGAAGCGGUGACAGUGAAGAUAAAAAAGAAAGCGGUGACAGUGAAGAUAAAAAAGAAAGCGGUGACAGUGAAGAUAAAAAAGGAAGCGGUGACGGCGCAUUCACACCAGCGGUGUCCAAUGCCACGACACACACAGCAGAGGAGGAGACCGUAAACCAGUCGGCAUCUGGAACAUUUUCAAUUACCGACAGUACUGAGGGUGACGUGAGCUCUGAUGAGAAUGGGGAGACGACGGGAGGAGCUGAUGGGCAAGAGGAAGAUAUCCAGCCACAGGACGGGGAAGCAAAUGCUGCGGCACUCGGCUUCGCACUCAAAAGCAGUCUUGGAACUUCGUCGCAGUGGGAUGGCAGCGUUGCUGGCACCAUGCGUGAGAGCAGGGUGCUGCUGCCAUCGCUGUUCCUUCUGUUGGGACUCUGGGGGUUUGCGGCUCUGUGA